AUGAAGCGUAUUAAUGCCAGAGGGAUAGAGGAGACCUAUUUUUGGGGAGCACAAAAGACUCUAGACACACUGAGAGACAUGGAAGACCUCCCUUGUUACAAGAAUGUUCAGAAAGACAUCCCACAGCCCACUGAUAUUGAGUUUCACAUAUCCAGUGUGACCCAUGUCACCACAAAGUCUGGUCUUGAUGGAAUCUUGGAUUCAGGUGGAUUUAAGGGUGGGGAGAAGAGCCUCCUGUGGUGGGGUCUAGCCAUCGACCAUGAUGAUAUCAGAGUUGCAGAAGACCGUUACCUGGAGAAGAUCUUCCCAGACAGAACACCUGAACAGAGACAGAUGCAGAAACCUUUCCUAAGCAAGUUCUGCACCUCACCUGCCUUCAGGAAGGCAUCACGUUAUGGGAACUUCAGGUUUACUUUCAGUCUGUCUGAUCUCCUUAAGAUGUACAGUCAGCAGAUAUGUGGUGGAGAAGAGCCUGUCCUGAGAGUGUAUGGAACUACUGUCUACAAACAAGAGAUCAUGUACACAGUGCUUGUUCACAGUCCAGGUGUACGGGAAUUGGAGAAGUACCCAGUUCUUAAUAAUGGUGGAGAUGUUUUUAUAUACCAAGAGGGGACAAUGGUCUGGCGUGCACAAGCAGUGUCUGAAACCCAUGCGUUUCAGCCGGUAAUACAUAGGCCACAGGUGGUCGAAGUGGAGCCUUUUGAUUGUUUGUAUGAAUAUGACAAGUGGUAUGUGUGGGACCAUGUGACCCUGGCGUUCCACCUGCCAGAAGGUCAGACCCUACGAGUUGAUAGAGAAAAACUGAUGGAAAACCUCACUGCUUGUGAGGCUGUUGAUCCAUUUCUUGGGGUGAGGUGUGUCUCCAACAGCUACAACUGUACAUGUAAUUGUUGCCAUCUGCACCUCUCAGAAGCGGAAUACAUCGUGGAGCAGAAAAGAAGAGACAAGCAAUCGGACAGCAACAACAGUACCUCAUAGGCUUUUGAAAGCUACAGGAAUAUUUAUGCAUAUAUGUAACUUAAUUAUGAAACCAGAAUAACCAAACAAACUAUAAGACAUUUUUGUGAGGUUUCCGUUCUCAUUUCAUGAACUCAUUCAGAAUAUCAUCAUUUGAUGAGGAUUAAAUCCUGUCAUGUGAGGUGUUUAUAAUUGAUGCUAUUAGGUAUGUAUUACCACUAGACUGUGUUUUUCAAUGAUCUUUUGUCUAGUUUCAUAUUUGAUGUAGUUAUGUAUAGACAUGAUGAGGUUAUAACCCAUCAAUAUAUUAUAUUUUUAAAUUAAAUUAAAAUAUUUAUGCCUAUAUGUCAAAGUAAACAUUGCCUGUUCAUGUGGUGGAGCUCUUUUUCCCCACUCUCAUUAUUUAUACCCCACAUAAAUGUUUAUUGGUUAACACAUACAGUGUUUUGUAUCCUUGCUUUUACUAAGACAGGCUAAGUUUGAAAAAGUCAUUCAGUCAGCUAAAAGAGUGCCCCUCUGUUUUUGAUCCAUCGCCAGGCAGCAUCUUAACACAUCCUCAUUAUCUGGUUUCACUGAACCUCUUGUGCAGGUCCACAUGAGCAUGUUGCCACCAUAAUAAAAACAUAAAGGUAGCACCUUAACUUACAGUACUGUUUCCACUGUUGUUACCUGUGGAUACUUUCUGGUACUUACUUCAAAGAAUGAAUCACAAUUGGUAAACAUCUGCUGCUUAUUUCAAUAGAUCCAAUGGAAACAAGGUCCAUUUACCAUUUUACUAUGAAAUGUCUCAGCAAGAACCUGAUCAUUACAUUGUAAAGUGCUAUCUACAAAGAGACAGCUCACCAUGAUAAACAAGGACCUUCAAAAGACAGGUAAACAGCGAACACUAGCGGCUGUUCAGGCAACUUAUUAACCUGAUCGUCAUUAAUUUUUCAAGAAAUGAAACUAGAUUUCCUAAGUAGGAUGUGGCUAAACUCUUCGCUUACACAGACAGCCCAUUUCUGAUAUCUUUCCCACUAGCUGGUAUUUUGACCAAUCACGUCAGAUCUUUUCACAUCAGAUCUUUUUCAGAGCUGAUCUGAUUGGUCAAAAGACCAAUAAGUGAGAAAAAAAUAUCAGAAUUGGGCUGUCUGUGUAAGCGAAGAGUUUAGCCACAUCCCACAUAGGAAAUCUAGUUUCAUUUCUUGAGAAACACAGCCUUGAGAAUCAGACUCAAUACGUAUAGAUACACACAUACAAUUGGGACAUUUCAUCUAGGAGCUGCCAUACAGUGGGGAGACAUCAACAGAAGGCCACCAAUCUGAAACUUUACAAUCAGGCAAGUCUCCAAACAAAUUAAGUUAUUGUAGGUUAUGUUAAAGAAACAACGACAUUUCAUUAGACAAAAAUGUGAUUUAAUUACACAUACUUACAUAAUUUCAUGAAGUAACCACAUAUAUUUGGUGGCUAUUUGUACAUAUGUAAAUUAUAAUUAGCCUAUGUCAUGAAAGUUCAAGAAUAACAUAUUAUUGAAAUAGUCAAAAUUACCUUUAUAGUUGCACCAAUAUUCGUAUUAUAGUUCAUCCAACCUAGAAAAUGUAGUUCAGAUGAUGAAAUCAAUCUGUAAGUAAGGAGGACUUGAAAUUGUGACUUUUGUCCAAUUCAGAGAUGGAUGUUAGUAAAACUUUCCUGCCAACUUCCAGUUAAUUAGGAGAGCCACUUUUUUACAGUGAUGUUUGGAUACAAACUGUUGUUCAGAUACUUUUCUUGAAUGAUUGAUUGAACUACUGUACAGGUUAUUCACUCAUUGUGAAUUGACAAAAAGUAUAUACAUCUACCAGACCGCAGAUCUUCCAUCACUUCCAUCAAGCAGCUGUGUCCAAACUUGGAACAAAAAGGUAGAUUGUAUCACGGUAACAAUUAAAAUGUGUGUGUAAAAAUAAAUACAUAAUUUCUAGCCUACUAAAUAGGUGCGGAGAGCAGAAUUGAAUGUCUGUGUUCAACAAACAUUUGAAUUAUUAUUUUUUUAUCUUAGGGAAAUGAAGUGCCGUAAAAAUGCCAGAUUUGUAAAGGAGACAUUUUCCAGUGGAGAGCAUAAGAAUAUCACCACAAUUAAACAAGACAAUACCCUUUUAGGAAAGGCAGAAAUAGCUAGAUACCUAUCAAGACAAGACAUUCCACCAUACCCAGAAGCACCAGAGUACCAUCUGUCCAAAGUGGCCCAUGUCACUACAAAAAGAGGCCUUGACGGAAUCUUGGAAUCAGGUGGAUUUAAUGGCGGUGAGAAGAGUUUCCUGUGGUGCAAUCUUCCUGUGGAUGAUGACGAUAUCAAUGCAGCAGAACACCGUUACCUGGAGAAAAUCUUCCCUGACAGAACACCUGAGCAGAGACAGAUGCAGCAACCCUUCCUCAGCAAGUUCACCACCUCACCUGCCUUCAGGAAGGCAUCACGCUUUGGGAACUUCAGGUUUACUUUCAUUCUGUCUGAUCUCCUAAAGAUGUACAGUCAGCAGAUAUGUGGUGGAGAAGAGCCUGUCCUGAGAGUGUAUGAGACUGUAGUCUACAAACAAGAGAUCAUGUACAUAGUGCUUGUUCACUGUCCACAUGAUAAUGAGUUUGAGAAGUACCCAGUUCUUGGUGAUGGUAGUGAUGAUGCUGUCUGUGGUUACAGGAAGGGCAAUGUUGUCUGGCAUGCACAAGCCAUGUCUAAAACCCAUGCGGUUGGGUUAGCCAUAGAUGAAGUUAACCAAAUAGUAGGAACAGAUAGCGGUUGUGAUGAAUGGUACAUGUGGGACCAUGUGACCCUGGCGUUCCACCUGCCACAAGGUCAGACCCUACAAUUUGACAGGAAGAUUGUGAUCGAAAACCUCACUACUUGUGAUGCUGAUGAAAUGUUUAUUGGAGUGAAAUGUCGCUACAAAGGGCAUGAGUGUGUGCGUACAUGUCCAUGUGGAAAAUGUCUCGUACCCCUCGCCACAGCUGAGGAAAUAGUUGAGGGCAUACGAUGUGAUUACAAAACCAACUGUUGA